AUGUUCACUCAGAUUAGCAAUGCGCACACAGAGGUGGUGACCUCUCUCAUCUUUUCUCCCCACGUCGUUGCCACUGGCGAGGGUGGCUUGCUCUGUUCCACCUCUGGCGAUGACACGGCGGCGCUGUGGGACCUGCGCGCCGGUCCUGGGGCGUCACAGCGAGCCGCGCAUCUCACUGGCCACCACAUUGGCCCUGUAAACCACGCUCUUUUUCACCCUGCCAACCCGUACACGUUGCUGACGGCGUCCGACGAUCGCAGCAUCGGUUGCUGGGAUCUGCGCCGGCCAGAUCGAGUCGUAGGCAAAAUAGCUGGCUUUCAGGAAGGUGUGAACAAGAUGCUGUGGCUGCCGGUUGCGUCGGCCGUCUGCGGGGCCACUGGUGGCAGCAGCCAUGGCGACUGGAGCGUAGUGAGCGCCUGCGAUGAUGGUCACGUGUACGUUCACGCACUCACCCUACCCGGCAGCGGUGCCGAGAGCGCGACUGUCGCUGGUGCUGUUCCUGCCCCGCAGGUUGGCACGCUUGUGGAUAAGUUUCGUGUGUCGACGAGCACUGUGAAUGAUAUCGUGCUUGCGCCUGGCUCGACUUCGAUCCUCAUCACUGCCUCCGAAGAUUGUGCGCUGCGGUCGUGGUCGUUGCGGCACACGUGGCAGAUGACCAAUGCGGCGGUAGGGCUGAUGGAGGACCGCCUACUCGCCACUCUUGACGAGUUUGAGAACCCGGUGAACCACGUCGUGGUGGUGCCCGCCGGGCUUAUAGCACCAGUGGAGAGCCAGGCAGCUGGCGAGGGCCUGGAGAGCAGCAACAGCAGGAGCCCGGCUGGCGCUGCCGGUGACACGGAGGAGUGUGCAGGCGAGGCUGCCGCCUCCACAGUCUUUCCUCGAGCAUAUCAGCAGGCACAUGGUGGUAAUGAUAGCGAGGUCGACGAGGUGGGGACCGGCGCUGGUAACAGUGGAGAGGCACCUCCGCGAAGGGCCGUCGACAUCUCUGAAGCUGCGGGGACGGGUUGCUGGUUGCUCGCCGCGUGCUCGGAGUGUGUCUUCGGCGUCAACUUCGCGCUGCGCUCCGGUGAGUUCGGCACUGGGGCUCGUGCGUUUGUUGGCCACCAGGAUUACGUGCGCGGGCUUGAGUUUACGAGCGAAGGAAAGUUGCUGACCGUGUCGGACGAUAGCACGGCCAUCGAAUGGAACCCUGCCACGACGGAGCCGAUCCGACAGGUGAAGCUGCACGAGGGUCUCGUCAUGUCAUCGGCGGUUUCGCCUUCGCGCGCCUUACUCGCCACCGGCACGGACCGUGGAGAAAUUCGCGUGUGGCUCCUUCCGUUCGCGACAGAGCAGAUCGGUGGCUCGCACUGA